AUGAUCGGGUUCCUAAGAACAUUCAGUUUGGCGGAGAGUCGAAGAUUCAUGCAAUGUAAACUCGUUCGACAAUGUGGGUUUUCUGUUCAGACCACCGAAUCAGCAUUGAAAUGGGCGGAUUCGCUAGUCCCAGGCUUAGACUCUCAUGUUUACGGCACUAUGCUCGGUCGCUGCAUUGAGCAGAACGACCCAAUUUCAGCAAAAGCUAUUCACUGCGAUAUUGUGAAGAAAGGCAGUUGCUUGGACCUUUUCGCUACGAACAUUCUACUCAACGCUUAUGUCAAAGCUGGGUUUGCGUCAGAUGCGUUGAAGCUGUUCGACGAAAUGCCUAAGAGAAACAAUAUCUCGUAUGUCACUCUUAGUCGAGGGUUUGUCUCUGAAGAUCCCGUUGGUUUGUAUAUCAGGUUGCUUCGAGAAGGUCAUGAGCUUAAUCCACACGUCUUCACUUCCUUCUUGAAGUGGUUCGUUAACUUGGACAAAGCUGAGAUUGGUUGGUGGUUGCAUUCUUCAAUUGUUAAGCUCGGGUUUUGUUCUGAUGCUUUUGUUGGAGCUGCGCUUAUCAAUGCUUACUCCGUCUGUGGUUUUUUUGAUAGUGCAAGAAGUGUUUUUGAAGGGAUUUUGUGUAAGGACAUUGUUGCUUGGACCGGAAUUGUAUCUUGCUAUGUGGAGAAUGGGCAUUUCGAGGAUUCUCUUGAACUGCUAUCUCGUAUGGGGAUGGCUGGUUUCAUGCCCAACAACUACACCUUUGCUAUGGCGCUUAAGGCUAGCAUUGGGCUAGGUGCUUUUGAUUUCGCCAAGGGUGUUCAUGGACGAAUCCUAAAAACGUGUUACGAGUUUGAUCUUCAUGUGGGUGUUGCUUUGCUUCAGUUGUAUGCGCAGCUUGGAGACAUGUCUGAUGCUCUCAAAGUAUUCAAUGAGAUGCCAAAGAAUGAUGUGAUACCUUGGAGUUUUAUGAUUGCUCGUUUUGGUCAAAAUGGUUUUUGCGAUGAGGCGGUUGAUCUGUUUAUCCGAAUGAGACAAGCUUUUGUUGCCCCUAACGAGUUUACUUUUACCAGUAUUUUGAAUGUGUGUGCCAUCGGAAAGUGUUCUGGCUUAGGCAAGCAAAUUCAUGGUCUUGUGAUCAAAGCUGGGUUCAAUUUAGAUGUCUAUGUCUCAAACGCUCUUAUCGAUGUUUACUCCAAAUGUGAGGAUAUGGAUAACGCUGUGAAGUUAUUUUCUGAGUUAUCAAGUAGAAAUGAGGUAAGCUGGAAUACAAUCAUUGUCGGGUAUGAGAAUCUAGGCGAGUCAGAAGAAGCGUUAAGCGUGUUUCGUGAAGCGCUCAGAAAUCAGGUGUCUGUAACUGAAGUAACUUGCUCAAGUGGUAUUGGAGCUUGUGCGUCUUUGGCAAGCAUGGAGCUAGGUGUCCAAAUUCAUGGGGUGGCAAUAAAAACCAGUAAUGCCGAGAAAGUUGCAGUGAGAAACUCGUUGAUAGAUAUGUAUGCAAAAUGUGGUGAUAUCAAAGACGCACAAUCUGUGUUCAACGAGAUGGAAACGGAAGAUGUAGCUUCAUGGAAUGCGUUGAUCUCAGGCUAUUCCACACAUGGAUUGUGUAGAGAGGCAUUGAAAAUCUUUGACAGUAUGAAGGAUUGUGAUUGCAAGCCAAAUGGGUUGACGUUUCUUGGUGUUCUUUCUGGUUGCAGCAAUGCUGGAUUAAUAGAUGAAGGUCAAGAUUGUUUUGAGUCGAUGAGAGAUCAUGGUAUUGAACCAUCUUUGGAACAUUACACGUGUAUGGUCAGGCUUUUGGGAAGAUCAGGGCGGCUUGAGAAGGCAAUGAAGCUGAUUGAAGAGAUUCCAUAUGAGCCUAGCGUUAUGAUCUGGCGGGCAAUGCUUAGUGCCUCGAUUGUUCAAAACAAUGUAGAAUUUGCAAGGAGAUCGGCUGAAGAAAUACUAAAGAUCAAUCCAAAGGACGAGGCAACGUACGUUCUAUUAUCAAACAUGUAUGCAGGUGCAAAACAAUGGGCAAACGUUGCUUCGAUUAGGAGAAGCAUGAAGGAAAAAUGUGUAAAGAAGGAACCUGGUUUAAGUUGGAUAGAACAUCAAGGAAAUGUGUAUUACUUCAGUGUGGGAAUGUUAUCACAUCAUCCGGAUAUGAAGCUCAUAAAUGGAAUGCUGGAAUGGCUUAACAUGAAAGCAAAGCGAGCCGGUUAUGUUCCUGAUCGGAAUGCGGUCCUGCUAGAUAUAAACGAUGAAGAAAAGGAUAAGAGAUUGUGGGUUCACAGCGAGAGGUUGGCUUUGGCAUAUGGGCUUGUUCGAAUGCCAUCAUCAAGAAAUCGCAUAUUGAUCAUUAAGAAUUUAAGGAUAUGCUCGGAUUGCCACAAUGCUAUGAAAGUGAUAUCAAGUAUUGUGGAACGAGAUCUUGUUAUUCGAGAUAUGAACCGGUUUCAUCGUUUUCAUGCCGGAGUCUGCUCCUGCGGUGACCACUGGUGA